GGGCACUGCCGAAUUAGCAUCGUGCCGAGGCACAACUUCGCCGAGGCCCAGGGAGAUCCAGGCGCGCGCCGGAGGAAAUAUAGUCCCUGCCGGCGGGCGGCUCGCGCGGGCGCGCGCGGGGUUGCGCGGGGCUCCCCGCACCGGGGGCGGGGGCCAUGCGCCGGGCCGCGCCGGCAGUCCGGGGACCCGGCGCAACUUGCCGGGCCGCCUGAGGAGUUGGGGCGGCCGCGGGCUCGGCGCUCGGCCGCCUUUCUUCCCCCUCGCCAGCCCCCGUCCCUUUCGGCCGUGGGGGAGGGGGCUCGUGUCCCGUGCCUUCGCCCCUGCCCCCGCGGAGGCCGGGCGCACCCCCGCCCGGUCCGCACAACUUCCCGGGAGCCGGCGCCAAAGUCUGCGCAAAGUGGUGCCUAAGUUGGCGGGAUGGAGCUGCAGAGCCGGCCCGAGGCGCUCGCCGUGGAGCUCGCGCGCCGCCAGAACGGCGACCUCAGGAAGCAGCUCCAGGAGAGGCCGGCGCGGGUCGCGGCGCUCGGCGACAAGCAAGUGAGCGCGGGGCCCCCGCCGGGCGUGGGGGCAGGGAGGGCCCCGGGCACUUCGGCGGCGCCCCCGGGGAAGUGCGGGCCCGGGCUUCGCGCGCUCGGGUCCCACGGGGGCUUCUCCGUGUCCCAAAGUUAGGGCGCCCGCGCCGGGGAGCCGGCGCUGGUCCUGGAGGCGCCGGGUGGGCUCUGGCCGGGGCGGGGGAGGGAAGGCGCGCUCGGAAGGCGAGCCGCCGGCGUCCAUUUUGAGAGGUGGCCGUGUUUUGGGGGACGUGCAGGCUCCUCCCGGCCCCAUCGCCUCCGCCUCGCCGCCCGGAGGGCGCGCGCGGGGGGUGGGGGCGCCAGGCGGGCCCGGACGCGCAACUCCGUGGAAGCAGUUCCUGGGGUGCCGUGGCCCGCGCCCCGGGCUCGCAGCCCCCUCGCUGCACUUCGCCGGCUUCACUUUGGAUUCUUGGAACCUGACGCCGGCUCCGGGGAACAAAAGAAAGGCGCCCCCGGGACCCCCGGUUCUGCCCCCGCCCGGGUCUCCAGGCGCCUCUCGGGCGCGGGGCACCCCGGCGGCUGCCCGCGGCGUGGCGUGGCGCGGUCGCCGGCCCCCUCGGGGGCAAAAAGUUGUCCAUUGUGACUUGGCUGCGCGCAGCUCGGCGCCCGGCC